AUGGCAGAUAACAACUCUGUGGCUGGUGGUUUUACAGAACAACAGAUUACCAAAGAUAUUAUUAUUGUGCAGACUUUGGUGAAUGUUUUUCUUUGCAUAAACAUGUUGCUCAUUACGACCUUUUUCAAGAAGGAGUCUUUCCACACAAGUGCACGCUAUAUCUUAUUUGCACUGAUAUUGUUGUCUGACAGUUUGAUAUUAAUCCUUACUGAUAUCAUGCUCUUCUUGAGCUAUUUUCAGUGUGCCAUUCAAAUCUGGAUAUGUGUAAUCAUCUCUGUACUUCUGUUUCUGUACACUCUGGUCACACCGGUUACCCUGACAGCCAUGACUCUGGAGCGCUAUGUGGCUAUCUGCAUGCCUCUGCGACAUGCAGAGCUGUGCUCCAAACGCAGCACGAUCCACUGCAUCAUCAUCAUUCACGGCAUCAGCUCCGUUCCCACCAUUGCAAUUUUCUCUGUAUUCUUUGCAUCGGUGUCUUUAAGCGUUUACAUAGAAAACAAGAUUUGUUUAGGGGACGUGUUCUACGUGUACAUGUGGCAGCAUCAUCUAAGUUCAGCACUGUGCCAGUUUUACUUCUUAAUCAUGUGCACCGCCAUUGUUUUCUCUUAUUAUAAGAUAAUGAAAGCAGCCAAAGCUGUUUCAGGCAACGAAAGGAACAACGAGUCCAUAAAGAAAGGGCUCAGGACUGUGAUUCUUCAUGCUUUCCAGCUGCUGCUCUGCCUCUUUCAGCUCUGGUCCCCCAUAAUAGACAAUGCAUUGCUUCAAAUUGAUUAUAACGUUUCUGUAAGUGUGGGAUACAUUAACUAUGUAAUGUUUUAUCUUGCUCCAAGAUGUCUCAAUCCUCUCAUUUAUGGCCUCAAGGAUGAAAUAUUUCUUCUUGCACUGAAAAGCUAUUUUGGAUGGAAGAGAGCCAAACAUGGAGCAAAGGGCUACAGACCGGACUUGAAGCCGAGCCAGCAGCACAAGCACUGCGGCCUCUGUACCGGUCAAGCUACCCAGCGCUCUAAUGUUAAUUUCAAAAUAAGACUUGCUUCUCAUUAG